GCGGGAGCAGCGCCCGCGCCCGCGCCCGGCAGCAUGCAGGAUCUCCGUCCGUGGGCCGCGCUGUGCGGCGCGCUGCUGUGCGCCUCGGGAGUGCUGGCCGCCUCGGGUGACUUCUGUGACUCCAGCCAGUGCCUCAACGGUGGAACCUGCUUGAUGGGCCAGGAUGCUGCCCCCUUCUUCUGCCUCUGCCCUGAAGGUUUCACUGGCCUCGUGUGCAACGAGACGGAGGAAGGUCCCUGUUCCCCAAAUCCCUGCUACAACAAUGCUGAAUGCCAGGUGGUUGGUGACGCUCACCGAGGGGAUGUCUUCACCCACUAUAUCUGCGAGUGCCCUCAGGGCUACAUGGGCACCCACUGUGAAACCAGGUGCGCCAAGCCACUGGGCAUGGAGGGUGGCGCCAUCGCUGACUCCCAGCUCUCUGCUUCAUCGGUGCACUUGGGCUUCCUGGGUUUGCAGCGCUGGGCCCCGGAGCUGGCCCGGCUUCACCAGACUGGCAUUGUCAACGCCUGGACAGCCAGCAACUACGAUAGGAAGCCCUGGAUCCAGGUGAAUCUGCUGCGGAAGAUGUGGGUGACAGGUGUUGUGACACAAGGUGCCAGCCGCGCGGGCAGCGCUGAGUACGUGAAGACCUUAAAGGUGGCCUACAGCUUAGAUGGGCGCAAGUUCCAGUUCAUCCAGGAAGCGGACGGGUCUGGAGACAAGGUGUUUGCCGGCAACGUGGACAACAGUGGACUGAAGACCAACCUGUUCGAGUCCCCUCUGGAGGCACAGUAUGUGAGGCUGUACCCUGUGACCUGCCACCGGGGCUGCACCCUCCGCAUGGAGCUCCUGGGCUGUGAGCUGAAUGCAGGAUGCUCGGAACCCCUGGGCCUAAAGGACAACACUAUCCCCGACAAGCAGAUCACGGCCUCCAGCAGCUACAAGACCUGGGGCCUGCGUGCCUUUGGCUGGUAUCCCUUCUAUGGGCGACUGGACAAGCAGGGCAAGUUCAACGCCUGGACGGCCCAGAGUAACGACGCCUCUGAGUGGCUGCAGGUCGACCUGGGUUCCCAGAAGCGGGUGACGGGCGUCAUCACCCAGGGGGCUCGGGACUUUGGCCACAUCCAGUAUGUGGCAGCCUACAAGGUGGCCCACAGCAACGAUGGCCGGAACUGGACCGAGUACAAGGAGCAGGGGGCCGCGGACAGCAAGGUUUUCCCUGGCAACCUGGACAACUACUCGCACAAGAAGAAUGUGUUUGAGACGCCCGUGCUAGCUCGCUUUGUGCGCAUCCUGCCCGUGGCGUGGCACAACCGCAUCACUCUGCGCCUGGAGCUGCUGGGCUGCUAGUGGGGGCCCGGUCAGGGGGGCUCCUGCCCGGCUGUAGUGUAGCCCCAGAGGGGGUCCCACCAGACGCUCCUCUCUCCUCCUCACCCUCCAUCCAGCUCCUGGGGGGCCCGGCCAGGGGGCCUCCUGCCUGGCUGUAGUACAGCCCCAGAGGGGAUCCCAGCAGACACCCCUCUCUCCUCCUCACCCUCAGCUCCCUGGGGGCCUGGGGGGGGGGGGGGGGCUCCUGCCCCGGCUCCCUAUAGGGGGUGCCACCAGACACUCCUCUUUCCUCCUCACCCUCAGCUCCUGGGGGCCCUGGCCAGGGGGGCUCCUGCCGUGGGCUGUAGUACAGCCUCAGAGAGGGUCCAACCAGACGCUCCUCUCUUCUCUUCACCCUAAGCUCCCAAUGCUCUGGCGCCCGGCCCCCCUACCAUCCCGAUUUCUCAGGCAUCACUCGGGGCUGGAGUCAGGGUGGGUGCCUGCUGCCAGGCCCUGGCUGACACUGAAGAGCCCCUGGCUGCUUUUCCCAUACACCACAUCCUCACAUCCACCUAGCCCUGGAACCUUUGCUCCUAUUUCCCUGGAGACCGCUACUGACCCUUGUCCUGGACCUGGAGGUUUGCGGAAGGGAGGGGGCUGGCCGGGCGGGUGUGGUGCCACUCUGCUGUCCUCACUGCACAGCACACAGGCAGCUUCCAGAUACAUUUGUGUUCUUCA